AUGGCGAAAUCAUCGUCAGCGACGGCGACGGCGACGGCGUCGGGCACUAAGAAGCGGAAGUCUAAAUCCGGGGCCCUCACCCACGAGGAGGUGAAGGCGCUCGGCCUCGAGCUCCUCUCCUCGCGCGCCCACCUCAACCACGCCCCCACCCUCCUCGCGCUCCUCUCCCCCACCGCGCCGCUCAGCAUCGCCCUCGAGGCGCUCAUCUCGCUCCAGUCCUUCUUCGAGCCCCUGCUCCCCUCCAUCCCCUCCGCCUCGGCCGCAGCCGCCGCCGCAGGAGGUGCGAGCGACGACCCCGAGCUCGUGUUUGGGGCGUGGCUGCGGCAGCGCUUCGAGGAGUUCGUUGCCGCGCUCGUGGAGCUCAGCGUGUCGCCGGAUAGCGACGAGGCGAUCAGGGAAGUGGCGCUUGAUGCGUUCAUGGAUUUCGUGAAGCUGGGGAAGGACGGGAGCUUCCACUCGGCAAUUUACCACAAGUUUCUCCACGCUGUGGUUCAUGCUACGAAUUCGAUUGAUGAUGUUCUAGAGUUGCUUGGGUCCAAGUACUCUAAGUAUGCUGACGUUUGUUUUUUUACUUAUACUAGCUUAGAUAAGAUCGCCAACAGUCUGGUCAGUCAAACCACUGGCUCUGGAAAAGAUGUCUUGCAGAAUGGGGAUGACGGGGCUGAAGACAGGAGCGCUAUCUGUGUACGCAAUGUAUACAAUAUUUUGGUGCAUGUUCCCGCAUUGGAUUUUAAGAAGGAAUCAAAGUUUGAUAUGUGGAGUACUGUUGGCCUUUCUUCAAAAGGAGAGAAGGACACCUCUGAGGGCUCUUCUGCUACGCGUAUAAGCAAAAAGCUAAAAUUGAAGUUCACCAAAGCAUGGUUGGCCUUUCUCAAGCUACCACUUCCACUUGAUGUCUACAAGGAGGUCCUUGCUACACUUCAUCAGAAUGUUAUUCCUUCAAUGUCAAACCCAGCCAUCUUGUGUGAUUUCUUGACUACAUCAUACGACAUUGGCGGUGUUAUCAGUGUGAUGGCCUUAAGUGGUCUAUUCAUCCUUAUGACACAGCAUCAGCUUGAAUAUCCAAAAUUCUAUGAUAAGCUCUAUGCAUUACUGACUCCUGCUGUGUUCAUGGCAAAACAUCGGUCAGUGUUCUUGCAACUUCUGGAUGCUUGUCUGAAAUCUUCGUAUCUUCAAGCAUAUCUUGUCGCUUCAUUUGCAAAACGAUUGAGUAGACUCGCCCUUUCAGUGCCACCAGCUGGAGCUCUUAUCAUCAUUGCUUUAAUUCAUAAUCUGCUGCGGAGGCACCCAUCAAUUAAUUUUUUGGUUCAUUGGGAAGUUGCUCAGGAUGAUGGAGAAGCUAGUUUACCUAAGAAGAUUGGCGCUGAUCCUUUUAACAAUGAAGAGACAGACCCUGCAAAAUCUGGCGCAAUGCGAAGUUCUUUGUGGGAAAUAGACACGCUGCGCCAUCACUACACUCCUGCAGUUUCAAGAUUUGUUGCGUCGCUUGAAACUGAUCUCACUGUUCGGGCCAAAACAAUGGAGAUGAAGAUCACAGACUUUAGUUCAGGCUCCUAUGCAACAGUUUUCCGAGAUGAGGCCCGGCGGCGGAUAAAACAAGUCCCACUUGCGUUCUACAGAAGUACGCCAACAUCUUUAUUUCAAGAGUCAGAUUUUCCUGGAUGGACCUUUGGGUGCCAGUCGAAUAGCGGGGCGCAAGCUAGCGUAGAAGGAAAUGCGGUCCACACACUAGAAACCGGUGAUGCCUCACCUGCUAAAAGGUCACGUGUGUAG